AUGACUGACACCAACACUGAAAACGGAACUGCAACGGUGGUUCUUCUCGGCAAAACGGCAAAUACUGUCGAAAGGACAGCAGGGGCAACAACCACCAAAGGCGGACUUAAGUACCGAGAACGGGAGAAAUGGGGCAACAAGUUUGAGUUUAUUCUCGCCUGUAUGGCAUAUGCCAUUGGACUGGGCAAUGUCUGGCGCUUUCCCUACCUGUGCUACAAAAAUGGAGGCGGCGCCUUCUUUGUGCCCUACUUCAUCUUUCUCCUUUUUGGUGCCAUUCCGAUUCUCUUCCUCGAGGUGGGCAUCGGCCAGUACUACCGUUCCGGGGGCAUCACCGUCUGGCGGCAGAUUGCGCCCCUCUUUAGCGGCAUCGGCAUCGGCACCGUCGCCAUCAGCUUCAUCCUCAACGUCUACUACAUCGUGGUGCUCAGCUGGGCGCUGCUCUACUUCUAUAGCUCAUUCAGCGCCGUCCUUCCCUGGUCCACCUGCGGCAACUGGUGGAACACCGACAAGUGCUGGGGACCAACUUCAAAUGGGACCAAACCUGCCCAGACAGUGCCCUCGGUGACGGAGUUCUGGGAGAACCGCGUUCUGCAGAUCAGUCCCGGCAUCGACCACCCUGAUGGCCUGCAACCUGAGCUGGCCAUCACACUUCUGAUCGCCUGGAUCGUCUGCUUCUUCUGCAUCUUCAAGGGCGUCAAGUCGACGGGCAAGGCAGUCUACGUGACGGCCAUCUUUCCCUACGUCGUGAUCACGGCGCUCUUCAUUCGCGGCGUGACAUUGCCCGGCGCCAGCGAGGGCAUUGCCUUCUACCUGACGCCUCGUUUUGAGAAGAUUCUCGAGGCGCAGGUGUGGAUGGACGCCGGGACGCAGAUCUUCUUCAGCUACGCAAUAGCGCUAGGCUGCAUGACGGCACUGGGAAGCUACAAUGAGUUUAACAACAACUUUUAUCAUCAGCUCUUCUUCCUCACAUGCAUGAACUCUGGCACCUCUUUCUAUGCUGGCUUUGCCAUUUUUUCAGUUUUGGGGUACAUGGCCGUAGAGCAGGGUCUCAAGGUGGAGGACGUCGCUGAGCAAGGGCCUGGUUUGGCUUUCAUCGCCUACCCGCGAGCUGUCAGCACGAUGCCGUGGUCGUCCUUCUGGGCUGUAAUGUUCUUCACCAUGAUUCUCAUGCUCGGCCUUGGCUCGCAGUUUGUCGGCGUGGAAGGCUUUGUGACGGCAAUGGUGGACCUUUUUCCGGGCUAUCUGCGUUAUGGACGGAGACGAGAGUGGUUCAUUGCGGGCACAUGUGUCGUCAGUUACCUCAUUGGUCUGACCAUGGUCACCAGGGGAGGCAUGUACGUCUUUCAGAUAUUUGACUUUUACGGAGCAUCGGGAAUGUGCCUGCUCUUUUACUGCUUCUGGGAGGCAUUUGUCAUUGGCUGGGUUUACAAGGCCGACCGCUUUUACGACAACAUCGAGGCGAUGAUUGGCAUUCGCAUCAUUCCCUGGUUCCGCUGGUGCUGGAAGUGGUUCACGCCGGCAGUCACUGUGGCCACCUUUACCUUCUACCUGGUCACUCACCGCGCUCUAAAGUACAACAAAACGUAUGAGUACCCAGCGUGGGGCAUCGCACUGGGCUGGUCGCUGGCAAUGGUCUCCAUUGUCAUGCUGCCCAUCAGCAUGGCCUACGUCUGGUGGAGUACCCCCAACAUGCCUAAU